CAACCCACUUAUCCCCCCGAAAAUAACCAGCCCCACAUCACCCACUCCAGCCUCCCCAGGAACUGUGCUAUGAGGUGUCUGACCCCCAUCUCUCCCCAGCUGUGCCAAGAUGGCCCCAGCCUGCGACCGCCUGCACUUCCGCUUCCCCAGCUACGGGGACGGGGUGCUGCGGCGCAUGGACCAGCUGCGGGCGCAGCGGCGGUUCUGCGACGUGACGGUGCAGGUGAACGAGCUGCGGGUGCCGGGGCACCGUGUGGUCUUCGCCGCCUGCUCCCCCUUCCUGCGGGACCAGUUCCUGCUCAGCGACUCGCCCGAGGUGUCUGUCUCGCUGCUGCAGAGCUCCGAGAUCGGCCGCCAGCUGCUGCUUUCCUGCUACACCGGCUGCCUCGAGGUGCCGCUGCCCGAGCUGGUCAACUACCUGACGGCCGCCUCCUUCCUGCAGAUGGGCCACGUGGUGGAGCGCUGCACCCAGGCCGUCUCCCGCUACCUGGUGCCCAAGGCCGAGGUGGCACCAGGCCCGGAGGAGGAGGAGGGGUCCUCCCCCAGCCCCCUGCCUGCACGGCGGCAGGACGGGCCGGGGGGGGCUAGGGAUUUCCUGGCCUGCCGCUCCCACCGUAGCCCCUCGUCCCCUGAAAUCUCCCUGCCCCUCCUCAACUCGGCCAUGGAGCUCACCCACAGCUACCUGCAGGGCUGCUACGAGGAUGAGGCGGCACUGGGGGGGCCCUUCCCCUGCCCCCUAGCCCCCGCCCAGCCAGGGGGGCCGUGGCGGGGCUGCCCCAUGCGCCGCCGGCACCUGGAGCCGGCCCGGAAGGACAGGAAGGCGCCUGAGCUGGAGCGGCCCUACCGGUGCCCGCGCUGUGACGGCCUCUUCCCCCAGCUGGGCGGCUUCGUGAGCCACGUGCGGGAGCACAAGCUGUUCCUCUGCCUUCGCUGCGCCAAGGUCUUCUCCCAGAAGAGCAACCUGACCCGGCACCUGCGCGUCCACACCGGCUUCAAGCCCUUCCAGUGCCCCGUGUGCCGCAAAUGCUUCACGCAGAACGCCACGCUGCAGGACCACCUCAACCUGCACAGCGGGCGCAAGCCGCACCGCUGCAACUACUGCGCUGUGCACUUCACCCACAAGCCGGGCCUGCGGCGCCACCUCAAGGAGCUGCACGGCAAGAGCACCCUGCAGAACAGCCAUGAGGAGAGCGAGGAGCUCGCCGGGGCCUGCGACUGAGCCCGGGGCCGAGCCACGGACCGAGCCCUGGGGCCACUGGCCGCCCUGGGGAGGGGCCACGGACCAAGUUGCAGGGGCUUGCAGGGUGCUUGGCACACCCACAGCGAUACCACGGACUGUUCCAUUCCUCAGGGGGGGUAGCAAGUCUAAUGGGCCUGACCAAUCCCUCCUGAGGGGAAGGGGGGUCCACCCAGUAGCUGACUAGACCAUUCUCUGCUGAAGGUGACCCUCUCAGCCCAAACCAUUUGCUUGAGAGGGAGGAAGAGACUAUUCAUUCUUAUGACCCCCAAAUUCUCUGGGAUCCAAAAGAUGGGGUGGGGGGCAAUCCAAAGCAGGGGGCUGGAAGCCAGGACACCUGGGUUCUCUGGUGCUCAGUGGGAUGGGGGAGAGGUAGCAGGCCCAGGCUGAAUCCCUUUUAUGAACCUGGUGGGUCUAGUCACCCCCAGUACCAGGGGCGCAGCCCCCCAGCUCCUGCGUGGUCCUCAGGGUGGGGAAAUAGCAUGAAAAAAGUUUUGCCUUUUCA